GCUUUUUCCCCGCCAAUUAGUUUUUCGCGCGCUAGCGGGUCCGCGGCAAAAGUCUCUCUUCGGUCGUCAGAGCCCUCGCUAGGAUAGACGCCUCCUCCGCGCGGUCUAAAACACGCUCUUUAAUUCAUUUAAUUUGAUAACAAGUUUUGAAUAGCCCUCAAUUCAUUUGCAACAUCAUAAUUUGUUUAAAAAAUAAUUAAAUCAUUUUUAAGCUCAGGAUAAUAGACACAUGAGGAAGGAUACCGCAGAGUGAUUUUCAGAAAAUCUUCAUCUUUGGAAAAUAUCCCUUCGAAGGAAUGAAAUAAUAACGUAGAAAACGCUGUAAACUAGAGAAACGUCUACCUACAUUACUUCACACUUUUACGUCUUUUUAUUUGUCCGGAAUAUUUCUCCCAAAAAAUCCAACAGAAAUCAGUAACCGUAGUGAUGUCUUAGAACCAGCAAAUUUUUUGUGGAAGAAUAAAAUUCUGUGUCAUUUUUAUGGUAGAAAUUGCGCUUUAAAAAGUAAAAUCUACAAUCGCAACAGUAAAUUUAUGCCUAUAUAUUCUACAAUUUCAUGACCAUCUGCUAGCAUACAGAGACUACAAUCCAUCAUCAACGUUCGUUUUGAAUUUCGAUAGUGUGUCAGUUGAGGUAGAGCGCGGAAAAUAUCAAGAUCCGUCAGUGUUUGUUUCUGAAAUGGCUUUACAGCUCAUCGUCCAGUUCCUCCUCGCCUUGGCCGUGCUCAACUACGUGGAUUCGAAUUUGGGGGACUAUCAGCGCUACGUUGAAGUGAAAAAAUAUUAUACCAAGAAACACAAGUACAACGAUGGUGUGGUUCGAUUGGUCAACGGACGCACUGCGGCUGAGGGGAACGUGGAAGUAUUUCACGACGGACGAUGGGGCAGCGUAUGCGAUGAUGAGUUCGACGAGGCCGAAGCGAGGGUUGUUUGUCGACAGUUGGGUUACCGAGACUACCAGCGGGUCACCAGAGACUCAUACUUCGGACAAGCAAGAAAGAAGUUCUGGAUUGAUGACGUUUUCUGCGGUGGAAGCGAAUACGAGUUGGCCCAAUGCAAGUUCAGCGGGUGGGGCAACCACGAUUGCACCCCUCAGGAGGCCGCCGGGGUCGUCUGCCAACAGACCAACGACGUCAAAUCCAACUGGACAACCAAUUAUAGUACCAAGAAAUCCUCCUACAGCUCCUACUCCUACAAACAGCGAAUCCAAGACAUGACAGGAGGGCACUUGUCUAUUCGUUUGACUGGAGGCCGAGUGAGAGAGGAAGGGCAAGUCGAGAUUCGUGUCGGUUAUUCAGAUUGGGGAGUGAUCUGUGGGGAUGGUUGGAGUCUGAGGGAGGCAAAUGUGGUUUGUAGACAAUUGGGCUUGGGCCACGCUACCUACGCUGCUCAUGGUCAUUUUUACAGCCGAUACAGCCACAAUGUACUACUCACUGAUGUCGAAUGCAGAGGGGAUGAGGCUUCCUUGAUGUACUGUACGCACACAAAAUCACCUAAAACUUGCACCAACCACAGGAAUGGUGGAGCUGGAGUUAUAUGCACUAGAGAGAUGGCCGACCUGGUGAUCGACGCUGGUGAGAUCGAGCGGUCGGCGUAUCUGCAGGACCGGAGCCUGCACUCCUUGCAGUGCGCCAUGGAGGAGAACUGCCUGGCCUCCUCCGCCUACAGGAUCAAAAGCUCCAGGUACGACUGGUACUCCCAAACCCGGCGACUACUUCGCUUCACAGCCAGGAUUGUCAACACCGGAACCGCCGACUUCCGCCCCGCCGUCCCCAAGCACCUCUGGCAGUUCCACCAAUGCCACAUGCACUUCCACAGCAUGGAGGUGUUCGCGACGUUCGACGUGUUCGACGGGAGCGGGCGGAAGGUGGCCGAGGGGCACAAGGCCUCGUUCUGUCUGGAGGACAACCAGUGCUUGCGCGGGACCCACCCCGAGUACGCAUGCGCCAACUUCGGCGAGCAAGGGAUCAGCGUCAACUGCACCGACAUCUACCGCCACGACAUCGACUGCCAGUGGGUCGACAUCACCGAUCUCAAGCCCGGCCACUACACUCUCAGGGUGGCUGUGAACCCGGAGUUCAAGGUCGGCGAAAUGUCCUUCGAGAACAACGCCGCUGACUGCGCCCUCUACUAUUCCGAGUCCUCGGCCCGGGUCUACAAUUGCCGCCUGACCAGACCCUAGCAGAAAAUUACAAAUCUGCCUUUAAAUACCUUACAGUAUUCGCGGGGAGCUUCCAGAGAAAACCUCACUCCUUCAUCCUUCAAAAUGACAGAAAGGCAACCCCUUCGACAUGGGUCAGGCGUUUUAUGAUAUGACGAAGUCACGCGUCGCAGGCUAAUACUGCCGUGCCAACAAGGAAGAACGCCGUAUGAACAUUCGAGAAUUGCCAAAUUUCUC